GCGUCACAAAGCCGAGCCAGAACGCCGAGGAUCGUUCCGAGGUGCGCGGCAGCCCAGGAAUCCACUUGCGGCCCGCCCUCCAGGGGCGGGGGGGGUGCGAGCACUGCCUCCACUCCCUCCCGACGGGGCCCCCAGCCACGGCCGCAGCGCCGCGGCAGCCGGCGCGCCGCGAAGCGUUCUGGGAGAGCCCCGCCGGAAGGACGCGCCGCCGCUCGGCGGCGGCGAGGUUAUAAAAGGGAAGGGGCCGGCGGCGGGCGGAAGUGGGCGGUCCAGCUGCUCCGGGCGCUGUUGUUUUCGGUCUCGGUCUCCUGAGGGGCGUUCUCAGGGGCCCGCCGGUGCAGGCCGCAGUGACAGGGCCGCUCGCCCGGCGCACCCGCCGCCUUCCCGGUGCAGCGUCUGAUCGCGGCCUCCGCGACUCUACAGGCCCAACAUGGCGCAGGAGGUGUCGGAGUACCUGAGCCAGAACCCGCGAGUGGCCGCCUGGGUGGAGGCGCUGCGCUGCGACGGCGAGACUGACAAACACUGGCGCCACCGCCGGGAGUUUCUGCUCCGCAACGCGGGGGACCUGGCCCCCACCGGCGGCGCUGCCUCCGCGGACACGGAGGACGCUGCCGACGCCGAGGGCGGGAGCCGCAGUCGGCAGCUGCAGCAGCUCAUCUCCUUUUCCAUGGCCUGGGCCAACCAUGUCUUCCUCGGGUGCCGGUACCCUCAAAAAGUUAUGGAUAAAAUACUUAGUAUGGCUGAAGGCAUCAAAGUGACAGAUGCUCCAAUCCAUACAACACGAGACGAACUGGUUGCCAAGGUGAAGAAAAGAGGGAUAUCAAGUAGCAAUGAAGGGGUAGAAGAGCCAACGAAAAAACGAGUUAUAGAAGGAAAAAACAAUUCUGCAGUUGAGCAACAAGAUCAUGCAAAAACUCCUGCCAAAACAGAACGUGCAUCAGCUCAGCAGGAAAACAGCUCAGCGUGCUCGGGGUCCUCUACCAAAUCAGAGAGUGGCGGGAACUCCACGCGGAGCUCGGGCACUUCAGAUCAGAGUAGCUCCACAGGCGACGGAGAUCCAUCUGUUUCCAGCCAAAGCAGCAGCAGCAGCAGCAGCGUUUCUUCUCAGGUAACAAUGGCAGGGUCUGGAAAAGCUUCUGAAUCAGAAGCCCCAGAUAAACGUGGGUCAGCAUCAUUGGUUUCUGCGCUGUUGAAAUCCAGUGUGAAUAGCCAUGUGACCCCACCCUCAGAUUCUAGUCAACAAAGUGGAUCACCUAAAAAGAGUGCUUUGGAAGGCUCCUCAGUCUCAGCUUCUCCCAGCACCUCAGAGAUUGAGGUGCCCUUGUUGGGCUCCUCAGGAAGCUCAGAGGUAGAGUUGCCCCUGUUGUCUUCUAAACCUAGUUCAGAGACAGCUUCAAGUGGGUCAACUUCCAAAGCCAGUUCAGAGGCAAGUGUUUCAUCAUCAGUUUCUAAGAACAGUUCCUCGUCAGGCACAUCCUUACUAACUCCCAAGAGCAGCACAUUGGCAAAUACAUCAAUGCUGACUUCCAAAAGCACUUCGCAGGUAGCUGCAUCACUGUUAGCUUCCAAGAGCAGCCCACAGACCAGUGGAUCUCUUGUUUCUAAAAGCACUUCCUUAGCAGGUGUGUCCCAGCUGGCAUCUAAGAGUAGUUCUCAGACAAGCACAUCCCAGUUGCCUUCUAAAAGCACUUCCCAGUCAAGUGACACGUCUGUCAAAUUCUCAUGUUGCAAGUUAACCAACGAAGAUGUGAAACAGAAGCAACCUUUUUUCAACAGACUCUAUAAAACGGUGGCGUGGAAGUUGGUAGCUGUCGGUGGCUUUAGUCCCAGUGUUAAUCAUGGCGAGCUCCUAAAUGCAGCCAUCGAGGCUCUGAAAGCAACACUGGAUGUGUUUUUUGUCCCCCUAAAAGAACUGGCAGAUCUGCCUCAAAACAAGAGCUCUCAGGAAAGUGUUGUUUGUGAACUGAGGUGCAAGUCUGUGUAUUUGGGCACUGGCUGUGGGAAAAGCAAAGAAAAUGCCAAGGCAGUUGCAUCAAGAGAAGCACUGAAGUUAUUUCUCAAGAAAAAGGUGGUGGUAAAAAUAUGUAAAAGGAAAUACAGAGGCAGCGAAAUAGAAGACCUAGUGCUCCUUGAUGAGGAAUCGAGGCCGAUAAACUUACCUCCAGCACUAAAACAUCCUCAAGAAUUGCUGUAAUAUGUGCAAAAUAACACCGUGUACGGUAUCUGGUAUUGUUAGAAAAACUGGCUUUUGUAUAACGUAAACACGGGCUUUCACAAUUUUUAUAUUGCUUUUUUCCAGUUUUGCAGAAAAUUUACAUUCUUGCCCGCCUCACACAGUAGUUGUAAAUAACUAAUGAAUGACAGUAUACAUUAAAAGAUAUGCAUUCACAGCAUACCAGUGUGCUGUUCUAUUUGCUCAAGAAAAUACUGUCUUCUAUUUUUAAUGAUACAUUAGGUACGAUGUGUAGUUCUGUAGAGUCUUAAAACUUUUGUACUACUAUUGAUUUGAUGAAAAUGUACUAGGUUGUCUACCGUGCUUUUCUUUCCCUAUUAGGAUGAUGUGGUGGAAUCCUCCUCCCACAUCAAGAAAAGGGGACCACAGUGUUUGAGUGUCUGGAAGUCUGAAGCUUAAGGUUUUAAGAAUGUUGCCCAUAAUGGUGAACAUACCUGUUAAAGAAUAAAAGAAAAAAUAGUUGCCUCAGACUAUUUUUAUGAGAAGUUGUAAACAUUUUUUUGAUACAAAGCAGUAUAAAGUACUUAAGGUUAUUUUAUUCUGAAGUUGUUUAAAAUUCACCAUGAUUUUGACUGCUGCAGAUUCUUUAAGUGGGUUAAUAAUUUAUGUUUUGAGGUUAAAUACAAUUUACACUUUUUCUUAAAAGACAUAAAUGUGGGUUUCUAUAUUAAGCAUAUUUUGUGACUACUGCUAUUAACAGAUUGAUUUGUUUAGAUAUUAAAUGCUUUAAGCUAUUUUACCUUUUCAAGAAGUUGUGGUUUUUUUUUUCCUCCCUUAAGGCAGAACCAAUUCCUGCAAGUAAGUGUCCCACUACCGCUCAUUGUAAAUUAGAACCACGUCGUUUUUCAUAGCUGAUUUCUACACAAUUAGAGAUGGUGCAGUUUGCAAAUCUAGAACUGUGUGGUUUUUCUGUUUAUACAUUUUUUAAAAAUACUGGAAUGAAUAGAGAGCCGUGCUCAGUUCUCUCAUGAGCCUGUUCAAUUGAAUUAUACUUACUCGUAAUGAAAUGGAAUCCUGCUUUUGUCUUUGGUGAUUCUAACUAUAUUACUUGACUGCAGUAUAUUCUGUUUCAUUUUCUUAAAACUCUGGCCCAAUAUGUUUGUUAUCACCAUGGCUUUUCUUCUGGCUUUCAAGAUGCUGCCUACUGGGUGGUAAUGGUGAUGAUAAUGUACAGAGAAAAAAUCAAGAAAUGACCUUUCUCAUGCCAAUUAUAUUAGACUAGAUAAACUAAUUGUACGGAGCACAAUUUAAGUAUGUAGAAUUUAUUUUUAAUUUAUAUUCUAGAAAUAGACAAGGGUACUUUAUAUACUUGAAGUCAAGGUGUUUUAUUUCCGCAGAUAACCUUUAAAAAUUGCUAACUUGAGGAUGUUAGAUAUCGGAGAUAUGUCCACAUUCUCUAAGAGGUGUGUGAGAGGCAAUAACAUGAACAUGUCAAAGCACUUUUAAUUCUCUUCCCUUAGCUUUGGAAUGUGUAUAUUGUGGGACAAUGAUUGUCAGAAAGGUGAGUCAAAUAUUACAGAGAAUAAAUUUCUAUAAUAUAUCUAAUUAGGUAGUUUGGUAACUUCCUAAAUUGGCUUGUUUCAAGUUAAUGUAAAGGUUCCUGAAAAUAUUUUAAAUUCCAGUAACAUUUGGGUGUGGUAGAAUUGGAAGAAGCUGCUUAGUAUAAAAACAAAUACUGUUUAACUUGUAAACAUUUAUAUGCUAUAAACUUAUUAAAAGCUUAUAAAAUAACCAGUUUUCAAAGAAUUCAUGAUUUAAGAAAAGUGCAUAUUUUGUAAUUCAAGAUUGUAUAGUGCAGAAGAAAAAAGGCUUUGGAAUGUUUUAUUCUUGAGAAUCGAGGCUCCCUCUGGGAAUUGAACCUUUGACUUCAUCUAUAAAGUAGGACUAAUAGCUGCCUCAGAGCAUGAACAAGAUGAUAUACUUAAAGUGCCCACUGUGGUGCAGUUUAUCUUAGUUAUUAACUGCUUCACAGCCUUGUGGCCAGCCGUCUUCAUUUGGCCCACUUUUCAGAUGGAAGAAACCGAAAAAGGAUUUGGUCAAAGAUCAAUUUCAAGCCAGAUUCCAGAGCCCAAGCUUUUACUAUGUUGUAUUGUUUACCAUUCUCACUUCUCCGAAUGCUAAAAUUUCUGAUGCUUCACCUAAGACUGGUUUUCAACAAGUUUAUUGUUAGUGUCCACAACGUCUUUCCAAACCCUCAUUUCCUCAAAAUGAGUCAUGUUGAUAGCUGUUUGUUAAUGCUUCCUAGAACUUGUGUGACCUAGUUAAGUAGGGAAUCAGCCCAUGUGAGUGCAGUUGAUGUUGGAUUAUUAAGAUGGGAAAAGGAAUUUUUAAGAAUCAAUGAGGCCAGGUGAUGUCCUGAGACUGAUUUUUCUUGACAGUGCUAAAAAUCAGGAUUUUUUUGUUGUUUAAUGGUGCAGUUAGAAACUUGAUUUUGAAGAAUGGUGUCAUGUGCUUUUAACCCAAAUUUUUCGAUCUGUUUAUAUGUCAAGUCCAAUAGUUACUAAUUCAGUGCCCACACAAACAAUUACCAAGGUCAAAAGAUAGAACUAUCAGCCCCACAAGAACUCACCGUGUGAACAGCUACCAUUUAUGAGAUACCUACAAUAGGUUGAUUUACAUGUCUUGUUGAAGACUCUCUAAGCCCUGUGAGGUGGGUUGGUAUUAAUGGCUUGGUUCUAAUUUGAGGCAUUGAGUGUGAACUCCAAUGAGAUGUGCUGUCCUGUGGUACUUGUUUCCAGUGUUCCAGAAAAUAAGCCUAAUAACACUUUGGGGAAAAUUGGGGAAAUUUUAUUUAGGGAGUUUCUAAAGAAGUAAACUUUAAAGGAACUGCUCAGACAUGUAACUGAGAUAAUCAUUGGAAAAUAUUUUCUAAACAUUCUAUUUGUAGAACGGAAAGGGACAAUUUACAGAGGCAAUGAUAUAAUCGGUAUAAUCAAAUUAAAUUCUAGUAACAGGAUUACUAGAAUUAUGAAACAUAAUGCCCAUUGUUCUUUACCAUUUGAUUAUUAAAUAUUUUUCUACACUAGCUAAGGAAAAGAUGGUUCUCAUGAAAGCAAGAGUAAUGGAGGUCUAUGGAGGCCUUUGUACUUUAUCUUAGCCAUGUGCCCUGUGCUGGUGGAACUUACUUCAUGAGGGAGUUAUCACACAUGCUCAAUAACCUGCAGUUUGGAAACCAAUAUGGGAUAAAGCAUGUGCACCUUCCUGUCCUCGUGUUUCAAAUAAUGCAAUUAAUGAGAAAUGAACCUGAAAUAAAUUCUACUUUGAAUAUAUUCACUUUCCCUGUAGUUCACAUUCAUUACUGUCAUUCUGCUAUUAUGGCUCAUAGAAAAGGGGAGAAGGAUGAUGUGACUUUACAGAAGUCCCCACCAGGGAAAGCAAGUACGUGAAGAUCCACUCAUCCAGCCCUGGUAGAUUUUGAGAAGUGUAAAGCAGCAGCAAGGAUUUGAGAUGGGGUCUCUGACCUCUGCUUUAUAGCAUGAACUUAACCAUCGUCAGAAACGCAGUGGUGGAAGCAAUGACAAUUUUCAUUUGAUGGGUCUUCCUGGGUUGCUGCAACUACAAAUAAUGCAUCACUCUGUAGGAGGUUUCAAGAGAUGGGAACAAAGAGGCCUGAGUAAGAAAUACCCAAGUCAUCAGAGCCUUAAAUACAGAGCCAUUGAGAUGCGCAACAGCAGGGGGCGCCAUUCACAUGGAGUAUAACGUCAUUUGAUACAAUGAACGAUGUCCCUUGAAGUUUUGGAAUCCCUGAGUGCUGGAUGAGUAAACUUACUAGAAAAAUCUUACUUGAAAAGAAAAUGUAAUUUGAAAUAAACAUUGGUGGUUCUGUGAAGCAUGGGUAGCUUAUCAAUUCUAAAAACUUCGGGGUAGCCUACCACUAAAGUUAUGUUUUGAUGCUUG